AGAGAAGUCGCAGGAGGGGCAUACAAAAAUUCAGAAGCAGUCAGAAACUCGAAUAUGUCUGUAAAACGCUCAUCCAAGGGCAAGAAAAGGGCGCUCGAAGAAAGUCCGAAAGACAGGUCGUCAUCUUCAUUGUCCCCCGUGCCUUCUGAGACUCCUCCACCCGUCAAGAAACCUAAACGUGCCAUAACGAAAUUGUGCCCUGUUUGCAAUGAACAAAUUCCGGUCCGUUUGCUUAGCGCACACAGCGAACUCGAGUCGCAGAGAGUCGAAGACAUCUUGCGAAAUGUCGGCUCCCCUGAAGUGCUAGAAGAUGCAGACGACGUGGAGGAAGGACCAAGCUCGCGCAGCCGCCGCUCUGCACUUAAAGCACGCAAAUCUCUCAGUGCCAUGACCCCUCGGGGAGAUUCUAAUAGUCUGGAUGCUGCUGUUAAGGCAAUACAAACUGUAACACGACGGCGAAAACAGCGCCACCUCAAACUCAAGGAAAUGGCCAAACAAGAAGAUUUGGCAGAAACCCUGAUGCUAGACGACGGUUCCGGAGGCAUCACUUGCCCAGUAUGCCAACAGUCCGUACGAGGUGACAAGGAUGUUGUAGAAGCGCAUGUGGACGCAUGCCUCGCACACCAGGCUCAGCGGCAGCAGGAGCAACGAGCAUUGGAGGAGGAAGAUAUUGACAUAGGCGACACUGUCCUUCGUGUUACCGACGGUGCUAAUCUCAGAGGCAUGGGAUUUGAAGUGCGGAGUGACCGGAACCAGGAUGUAGAGGAUGAUAUCGACGUUGAUGGGGAUGACGGCGCCAUCUUUGGAGAAGCUCAAUUCACGGAAGGCGACAUUCUGGCCUCACACGAGCAACCGCCAGAGGAAGAUGCGGACGGCGAGGACGAUGAAGCGAGAGACAGGUACACGUUAAGGGAUUUAGUUGCCGAAGGGAAGGUGGUUAGAAGAACCACCAACCUCGUGGAAGGUCUCAAGGCCGAAAUGGAAGAAGUCAUGGGUGUGGGGGACGCAGAGAAGAUGGACCUUGCUGUUGCAAAUGCACGCCGAAGAGGAGAUAUGCAAGCUCUUGUUCUAGCCCUAGAGAGCAAAGUUAGGCAGUUGGAAUCUAUGAGAGUUUCUUCGUCGACGUCGUCGAUUUGUCGAAUAUGCUUGGACCCAUACGCCGAGCCAACAGUCUCUACUGGCUGCUGGCACACAUGCUGCCGACACUGUUGGCUACGUUGCCUGGGGUCAACGGCAUUAUGUCCAAUAUGCAAACGCAUAACGGCUGCUUCAGACUUGAGGCGCGUCUUUCUGUGACGUUCUGGAUUACAUUCGCAUAUAUUCAGUGUAGUGUAAAUUUAAUAGCUAAUGCAAGUGACUAUGACC